AUGACUUCGACGAUGCUGAAACCACUGCAAAAGCGAGUCCUCGGUGAUGUUACUAUCAAUCACCAGAAUGUCCUACCGAAGACUCCCAAUACUGUAAAGAAGCGGAAGCUGGAAGUCGACCAUGCUCCAGGUGGCAUUAACCUGUCAUCGCAACUUGGCAAUCGAAAACUUUUUUCGUCGGGACCUCGUCAAUCGCAGCAGAAAAGCCAGUUCGAGGAGGAUGUCUUGGAGAAGCUGACGCAAGACAUCUCGGGACUCAAAGAAAGCAAUGCGGAAAAAGACCAGCAGUGGGCACGGCCAAGUUUAGAUGACUUCGAUGCAUCCAGAGACGUACUUUGCUUUCAGCAAAUCGAAGCGGAGGAGGGUACACUUGCAGGGGGUAGGACUGCGGUGAAGCUAUUCGGGGUUACAGAGAAUGGCCAUUCGGUUCUUUUACAUGUUACUCAUUUUCUACACUAUCUCUACGUCGCUGCCCCGGUUGCAUUUGUGCCAACCGACUGUGAGGGUUUCAAGGCUUAUCUCGAGGCACAACUCGAAUUCCACCAGCCAGCAAUACAUUCGGUACAGAUGGUAAUGAGAGAAAACCUUUUUGGAUUUCAGGGAAACCAGAAGAGUCCCUACCUAAAAAUCACAGUAACGGAUCCACGACAUAUUAAUAAGCUCCGAACUACGAUUGAAAAUGGUGCGGCGAAUUAUAAAGGCAUGUGGAGGGGCGAUGUCGAUGGAAUUUUAACGUUUGACAAUAUCGAGUAUAUUUUACGAUUUAUGAUCGAUACAGGUAUCUCUGGCAUGUCUUGGGUUGAGGCCCCAGCUUCCAAAUACGAGCUUCUCCCUUUAACUGAACGUGUUUCCAACUGUCAAAUAGAGGCUUCUAUACACUAUCGUGACCUCAUCGCCCAUCCUAACGAUGGUGAAUGGGCAAAAAUGGCACCUCUCCGAAUCCUUUCGUUCGAUAUAGAAUGCGCGGGUCGAAAGGGUGUGUUUCCUGAAGCGAACCAGGACCCGGUAAUCCAAAUUGCGAAUGUUGUUACACGCUAUGGGGAAUCAAAACCGUUUGUUCGAAAUGUGUUUGUCUUGGACACGUGUAGCCUUAUCGUGAAUACCCAAAUUUUGGAAUUUGACACCGAAGAAAAAAUGUUAAUGGCUUGGAAAGAGUUCUUGGUGGAGGUUGAUCCGGACGUUAUUAUCGGAUACAAUAUUGCUAACUUCGAUUUCCCGUACCUCAUUAAGCGGGCAGAACAUCUCAAAUGUAGAGAGUUUCCAUUCUGGUCAAGACUGACACAGGUCGCUUCACGUGUCGGCGACGCCAGGUUCUCCAGCAAGCAAAUAGGUAACCGCGAAUCCAAAUCUACUAAUAUUAGUGGUAGAAUCCAGCUCGAUCUUCUCCAACUUGUUCAGCGGGACCAUCAACUUCGGAGCUACACUCUGAAUUCCGUAUGUGCGCAGUUUUUGGGAGAACAAAAGGAGGAUGUCCAUCACACAAUGAUCACAGAACUUUUCAACGGGACUGCUGAUUCGAGGCGAAGGUUAGCCGUCUACUGUCUGAAGGAUGCCUAUUUACCUCAACGUCUUAUGGAUAAAUUUAUGUGUCUCGUCAACUAUACCGAAAUGGCGAGGGUUACUGGUGUCCCUUUCAAUUUCCUUCUUUCCCGUGGACAGCAAGUCAAAUUCAUCAGUCAAUUGUUCCGUAAGGCUCUCGAACAACAACUGGUUAUUCCAAAUCUACGGAAUGAGGCAACAAGUGAACAGUAUGAAGGAGCCACAGUUAUUGAACCUCUCAGAGCGUACUACGAUGUGCCAAUCGCAACUCUCGAUUUUGCGUCCUUGUACCCCAGUAUUAUUCAAGCUCAUAAUUUAUGCUAUACCACCCUUCUAAAGAAGUCGACUAUCGAAGCGCAUGGGAUGAAGGAAGGCGAAGACUAUAUCGUAACUCCAAACGGGGAUCGGUUCUGUACAGCAAAAGUUCGCAAAGGUCUUCUGACGCAGAUAUUGGAAGAACUCCUUGGCGCCAGAAAGCGUGCAAAAAAGGAACUUGCAGUGGAAACAGACCCGUUUAAAAAGGCUGUCUUAAAUGGAAGACAGCUGGCUCUAAAAGUCAGUGCUAACAGUGUAUACGGUCUUACCGGCGCCACUGUUGGCAAAUUGCCAUGUUUGCCCAUUGCCAGUAGCACGACAAGUUAUGGCCGUCAGAUGAUCGAGAAAACAAAAGAAGAAGUGGAAGCUAAAUACACCAUUGCCAACGGGUAUUCUAACGAUGCCCAGGUUGUCUAUGGUGAUACGGACUCUGUCAUGGUCAAGUUUGGGACGAAAGAUCUUGCAGAAGCAAUGAAGCUUGGCCAGGAGGCUGCUGAUUAUGUCUCAGACAAGUUCAUUCGUCCGAUCAAGCUAGAGUUCGAGAAAGUGUAUUUCCCAUACCUCCUCAUCAACAAGAAACGGUACGCAGGUCUCUACUGGACGAAGCCGGAGAAGUAUGAUAAAAUGGACACGAAGGGUAUUGAAACCGUCCGCAGAGAUAACUGUCGUAUGGUGCAGACGGUUAUCGAAACUGUUCUGAAGAAAAUCCUGAUCGAACGGGACGUUGAUGGUGCCCAAAACUACGUUAAAAACACGAUCUCCGACCUCCUACAAAACAAAAUCGACAUGUCGAAACUCGUGAUCACAAAGGCGCUUUCUAAGAAAGAUUAUACAGCCAAACAGGCCCACGUGGAACUCGCCGAGCGAAUGAAGAAGCGCGAUGCCGGCUCUGCCCCGGCCCUCGGCGAUCGAGUCGCGUAUGUCAUCGUCAAAGGCGCCGGAGGAUCGAAGAACUAUGAAAAAUCAGAAGACCCAAUCUACGUCCUCGAAAACAAUAUCCCAAUCGACACAAAAUACUAUCUUGACAACCAGCUCGCCAAACCCCUCACACGUAUCUUCGAGCCUAUCCUUGGCGAGAAGAAGGCUAGCCAGCUGCUCACCGGCGAGCACACACGAUCCAUUUCCGUGGCAGCCCCGACGCUCGGUGGUCUGAUGAAAUUCACGAAAAAAAUGCAGACCUGCAUGGGUUGUAAGAAGCCCCUGGUAAGCAAGGAUGGGAGUGACGGGGCCGUUUGCGAAAAUUGUCGCCCCCGACUCGGUGAGCUGUACACCAAGACGCUAACGAAGGCGUCUGACCUGGAGGUGCGGUUUGGGCGUCUAUGGACGCAGUGCCAGCGGUGCCAGGGCAGUCUGCACUGCGAGGUCAUCUGCUCGAGUAGGGAUUGCCCGAUCUUCUACAUGCGUAUGAAGGCGAAGAAGGAUGUGGAGGAUGCUGAGAAGGAACUAUCGAGGUUUGAUCAUGACUUGGGGGCGUGGUGA